AACUAGAGUCGAGCUCGGUCUUUUUGUGCGGUCCCGGAAGCUACGCCUACGGAAAUCAACCUUAACAGGCACGGGAAACGGCCCGAUCGCAACCGAAAGUAUGCAUUGCACUGCACUGCCACAGUUUGAAAAAGAUGGCUUUCUUGUGGUGGAGAAUUUUCUUACAAAGGAAGAGGUAGAGUCACUCAAGUCAGAAUGUCAUGACAUCGUCCAGAAAAUGGACCCAAAGCAACAUGCCAAGUGUACAUUUGACACAUCUGAAAAUACUCAGGCCCGGAAUAAAUAUUUCAUAAACAGUGGAGACAAGAUCCGCUUUUUCUUUGAGAAAGAGGCAUUGGACAAUGAAGGAAAUUUGCUUGUUGACAAACAUCGCAGCCUCAAUAAAGUAGGUCAUGCCCUUCAUGAACUCUCACCUCCAUUCAAGAGGGUAUCCUGUUCCAAGAAAGUACAGGAUAUAGCAAGAAAUCUUGACUUCAAGAAGCCUGUCAUUGUUCAGAGCAUGUAUAUCUUCAAACCCCCACACUUUGGAGGAGAAGUCACGGCCCAUCAGGAUGGUAUAUUCCUCCACACCGAUCCCCUCAAACUGAUUGGUUACUGGAUAGCGUUAGAAAAUGCGGAGAUAGAUAAUGGUUGCCUCUACUUCAUCCCGGGCUCCCAUUCACGAGACAUAAAAACAAGGAUGGUUAUGGAUGCAGAUGGCGGUGCCACAGUUUUCCAAGGUGAACCUUAUCCCAUGAGGGUACCCGAUGAGGAUUUCAUUCCAGUUCCUGUCAAAGCAGGUUCCCUGAUUAUCAUCGAUGCCAAAGUUGUACACAAGAGUUCCAAGAAUACGUCCGAUAGAUCCCGUCAUAUAUACACAUUCCAUGUUGCAGAGUCGGAGAAGACGGAAUGGAGCAAAGAAAACUGGUUACAACCCACACCUGAGAUGCCUUUUCCGCAGCUGUAUACCCAGGACUAAGUAAGGUCAGGGCCCCGUCUUACAAAGAGCUACGAUUGAUCCAAUCAAUCGUAACUCUAUGGAAAUCCAUCAGUGUCAUAAUUUGUACAGGAAAAUUGCAAAAUAUCCUUUGUAAACAAAGGAGAACACACCAAAUUGUCAAGAAAUCAAUGAAUUUAUGGAUAAACAUUCAUGUCUAGAAUUUUUUUGGGAACAAACAUGCAUUUAAUAAUAUGUUGACUCUGCUGGCUUUCCAUAGUUGCGAUUGAUCGGAUCAAUAGCGACUCUUUGUCAAUCGCAACUCUUUGUAAGACGGGCCCCAGGUCUCACAUAAACACGUGUUAUCAAUAACAGAUGCCAAAUUGAUGACUGAUCCACUCCCAACCAAUCAAAUGGCAUGGCUUCAGUAGCUUAUAACAGUAGCUUAUAAUCUGGUCCUCGAUGACAGGAUAUGUGAGACAAAGCCAAGAAUUUAAAAAAAUUGUAUAAUGCUUUUUGGAAUACAGGGUCUACUUUUUUAAAAGUUGAUGUCAUACCAAGAAGAUUCUAUGACUGGAGUUCCAACAGGCAACAAAUUUAUUCAAGCAGCUGUUCAUUUCUAAAGAACGGCAAUAAGGACCUUUUGAUGUCCGCCUUCGAAGCCGCAAGUUUCAGUGAAGAAAGCAGAGGGGUGAAAUUUUACGAAUAUCCAUUUGUAUAAAUUUUCCAUCUUUCAUAUUAAUAAACAAACUGAAAUUUGAAUGCAUGACAAAACAUCAAUAACCAAGCACUAUUACGACGAGAUAUUUGCCCAGAUUAUAUCAAUUAACCUGUAAUUAGUGAAAAAAGAAAGAUUUUGACCUUUUACUGAAACCAGAUUUUAACACUUUUCCGAUCGUUUGCGGCGAAUGAAAAUUUCAAAUGUGGUCUGUAGAAUAUUGUUGUUCAUUACUGUAUAUACCAGAUGAGUGCCCGCACAUGCCCAGUUGAGCAAAUUUGAGUCAUAUUUCAGGACAUAUUGCAUAGUUUAUUUUUGCAUACCCCCGAAUUAUGUACUACACAUAUAACCAGACCAAGAUGCGGCGAAAAAGUAAUUAUCAUCACAAAAGCAUAUUUCCCUUUAUGUAUGACCUAUAGCUGCGGAGUCAUGCGGGAAUCAUUUGUCUACACAAUUGCAAGAGAUGUUGAGCAAAGUGCAUGCCUGACAUACUUUCUGCUGGCGGCUUUUAACCUUGUUCAAAGAGAUUUUAUUUGCUGUUACUCCAUCUCAUUUGAAACCUCCUUGGUCAUACAGUAUUUCUUAAUGCAUUUUAUGAUUUUAUCUUUUGAUUUGGUGGAAAUUAUAGGCAGAUGUUUCUUAAGAUUUUUUUUUUAUCAUUGAAGAAAUUUUGUUUUGUGAUUGCCUGAUUGGGACAAGUACUGUCAUGUGACCAAAGAUAAGUCAAUCAUGAGGACCAAGUAGAACGUGCUAUACUUUGAUGACAUUCAUGUUAAAUUUGUUUUUUAAUUGCCUGAUUGGGCAAAGUAUUAUCAAGUAACCAAAGAUAAUUUGAUCAUGUCCACUAAACAGAACGUGUUAUACUUUGAUGACAUUCAUGCUAAAUUUGUUUUUUAAUUGCCUAAUUGGGCAAAGUACUAUCAAGUAACCAAAGAUAAUUUGAUCAUGUCCACUAAGUAGAACAUACUUUAUAUUAAUAGAUGCAGGCUAUGUUACAAUGGAAAACACUCCGUCCCUCGGAUAGGACGUUAAAUGGAGGCCCCGUGUAGAGGAGAGUCAUCACCUUUGCACGUUAAGAACCCACUGCACUAUUCGUAUAAGAGUAGGGGGAAACCCCGGUGUAGUGGUCCACCUGCACUCCCCCAAUCAGUUAUAUCGGGAGGAGAGACCUGCGGGUCAUAGUGAUUCAGUUCGCUUUUCGCCUCCCAGGCACAGGUGACGCCAAACAAAUGAUAAUAAUAAUAAUAUUAAUGAAAUUCAUGCUUUACCCCACAAGUGCCAGUUGCAGGAAAAGUUACAAUCUAACCAAUCUCCAAAAGUCAAACACACCCUGAAAUUCUAACUUGCAUUUGAUCUUUUAAGUUGUGCUUAAACUUAAAUCUCUCAGCAACAUGCUCCUAGCUGGGAGAAAUGGGGAGCUGGCAGGAGCCGAUUCCACCCCCCC